CAUCCCAGUUCUGAUGGCCCAGGCUAAGAUCUACUGGAACAGGGAGAACUACCAGAUGGUUGAGAAGAUCUUCCGUAAGUCGGUGGAGUUCUGCAACGAACACGACACCUGGAAGCUCAACGUGGCUCACGUUCUCUUCAUGCAGGAGAACAAGUACAAGGAAGCCAUCGGCUUUUACGAACCCAUCGUUAAGAAACACUACGACAACGCUGAAGAACUGAUGAGGAAGAUCGAGAAGGAGGAAGAGCAGAUCUCCUACGACGACCCCGAUAAGAAAGUCUUCCACCUCUGUAUCGUCAACCUGGUUAUAGGGACCCUGUACUGUGCCAAGGGGAACUACGACUUUGGCAUCACCCGUGUCAUCAAGAGUCUGGAACCGUACAACAAGAAGCUGGGAACAGACACCUGGUUCUAUGCUAAGCGCUGUUUCCUGUCUCUGCUGGAGAACACGGCCAAACACAUGAUCAUGAUCAGGGACUCCGUUGUUCAGGAGUGUAUUCAGUUCCUGGAGCACUGUGAAGUGUACGGUAAGACAGAGCCAGCCAUGAUAGAACAGCCACUGGAGGAGGACAGGAUGCACAUCGGAAAGAACACCGUCACCUACGAGUCUCGCCUCCUCAAAGCUCUCUUCUACGAGGUCAUCGGAUGGAACCAGUGAUGUCAUACUAGAACGGAACAGAGCCUGUGAUGUCACCGGACGGAACCGGUGAUGUCAUCGGACAGAACCAGUAGUUUACACUAAAGCCUUUUUAAAACCUGUUCUACACUCCAAACAGUUCAAAUCUAUCAACCUGGACCACAUCACAUGAGCCAUUAUAGUACAUUAUAUAUUUGGCUUGUUGUUAUUUUCUGCAUCAUCUGAAAGUUACAAGCUGUUGUUCUGACUUCUGUUAAACAUAUUCUGGACUCUC